AACACACGCAUCAGCCUCGGUGCGCUCGUCAGUGUGGCGCGCGCGCGGCUUAGAGCCCGAGCACUUCCGGUCAGAUUAAACACUAACCUGAGUGUGUGUGUGUGUGUGUGUGUGUGUGUGUGAUCGUUACAGAUCUUUAUUUUAAACACGCUGUUCGGUCUGUCUCACAUUUCCGCGCGCGGGUGUGUGUGUGUGUGUGUGUGUGUGUGCUCGAGUCAGUCAGUGUGAACAUGUCCGGUACCGGAGACCCGCACGGAGAGGAGCGCGAGCCGUGUUUCGGUCGGGUGCGCGAGGAGGAGGAGGAGGUGAUGAAGGCGCCUAAACCGACCUGUCCCGGUGCUGAUGCGCAUGGAGGAGCCGGCGUUACCAUGGAAACUGCAUCCCCAGACUUUGUGUCUGAUCUGUUCCUGACCUCCUCCUCUGGGCGCAGUGACCUCUACACCUCCCUUCACUCCUCUAACUCCUCCUCCUCAAACCCGUUCAGCGCCAGCGUUCCUCCCUUCGCCCCUGAGGAUGAUCGUCCUCCUCUCGCUCCUCUGGGGAGCGACUCUGGAAUCGGGAUGACCCCUGGUGACCCCGCUGACCUUCACAGCCAAAAAAGCGAGCCUUACAACUACAUGGAUAUGAGCAACAUCGUUGGUAACCAUGGUAACCCUGGGUCAAAGAAGCAGCCAAUAAGCAGUCACACAGAUGAGGAUGACGAACAUGAUGAAGAUGAUGAGGAUGCAUCCCUGGACUUUGAGACGAAGAUGGAGAAGGAGGCGUUUGAUUUGGGACGCUACCUGGAGAAGAAUUCUGAAGACCUGGCAGUGAAGGGAGACUUGGGAAACACCUUCCCAUUUGUGGAGGACCAAUCAGAUGACGAGUUACUGGAGAACAGACCACGCCCAAGCAGUCCAGUGAAGAUCACUGUGACAGUGGAUUCCUGUAUCCUAGUAACCGAGCAAGUAAGAGGAGUUUCUGAGAGGGAAAGCGUGCUGAGUUUAGGAAAAGAGGGCACACCUACAGUAACACUGUCUGAACCAGAGGAUGACAGCGCUGCUUCAUCUGUCAAUCACUCUCCUAACCACUCCCCGACAGGCAGAGAGUCACCUUCAGACAUCUUGUUCCAGCCUGUUGGGAUGAAGUAUGUGAACAACAGCGCCCUCUACCAGGACAUCAAGGGCCCUGCAAACCCUUCAUCACGAUUUGGGAUGCGAGACAGCGGAGAAUCUGGAGACUCAGAAGUUGAGCCUGAUUCCCCAAGGCGCGAAAAGCAGUUUGGCGUCAGACCUGGCAACCCGUUUGACCCAAGAGCUGCAGGUGUGGAGACAAAUCCAGACAACAAAGGAAAAUCUAACAAUCUGUUUGUGGCGCCUGUAAAUGCAAGGGGGGAAUUUAUCCAACAUGGCAACCCUCCGCUUUAUAGCCUGCUGCGUGAGGAGAGGGAGGCGGAGCUAGACAGCGACCUGCUCAUCGAAUCAGCUUCAGAGGAGAGCCCUAAGAGGGAGCAGGUAGUGAAGUGCACCUUAAAACCGAGCUCCCCUCCGAGCUCACCUCCACCUGUGAGCAGCGCUCUCUCACUCAAUCUGAAACAGAAAGAACAGGAAGUAAAAGAAGAAAAGAAGGAAAAGCCCAACGCGGUCUUGAGCAAAAUAUCCGUUCCUCAGCCACAGGAAGAGAAAACGUUUACCAAAGAAAAGCCUGAUGUGAUGAUGGCCUCUUUUGAACAGCGGCCUCUAGAGGAAGGAGGGUGUAAGAGCACGGUGACUAUUACUGAGGAGAAACGGGAUGUUAAAGAGGCGGAGCUGCUGCUCUUCAUGCCGACCUUCAACAAACAGAAAGUGGUGGAGCUGCUGCACUGGCGGGACAUGAAGCAGACGUCGGUGCUGUUCGGCAGCGUGCUGCUGCUGCUCUUCUCUCUGACUCAGUUCAGCGUGGUGAGUGUGAUGGCGUACCUCGCCCUCGCCGCGCUCUCCACCACCAUCAGCUUCAGAGUCUACAAGUCCGUCCUGCAGGCCGUGCAGAAGACUGACGAUGGACACCCCUUCAAGGCGUACCUGGAGAAGGAGAUCUCUCUCUCCCCUGAGCAGAUCAGUAAAUAUGUGGAGAAGGUGCAGCUGUAUGUGAACUGCACCGUGAAGGAGCUGUGCAGGCUUUUCCUCGUCCAGGACCUCGUCGACUCGUUAAAGUUCGCAGUGUUGAUGUGGUUGCUGACAUACGUUGGCGCGCUGUUUAACGGCCUCACUCUGCUCAUUCUGGCUGUGGUGUGUGUGUUCACCGUGCCGCUGGUCUACGAGAAAUAUCAGAAGCAGAUAGAUCAGUACCUGGGACUCGUCAGAUCGCAGGUGAACUCUGUAAUGACAAAACUAAGGGAGAAGGUUCCUGGAGCCAAGAAGAAGGAUGAAUAAAAUCCCUCCAUCCAGAAGCCCUAAACACGGCGUAGUCAGUAACGAAGGCAGCCCGGCUGCGUCCCAAUCCUGUUUUCGAACACGCCCUCGCUGACUUCCACCCCACCUGCCCCAAUAAUCCCCCCCACAAACACACACACCCCCUCGGCUGCGGGACGCUCUUGCUUCUCACCCUCACCACUGCAGCCUUCAGAAGCACAGAUUACCCAGAAUGCAAGUCUCCAUCAAUCCUAGAGUUUUUUUUUUUUAUCUAGCAAGUACACUUCAUGAGCACUUCUAAGGGGAAGUCAGCGGGGGUGUAUUUAAGGUGUGUGCCGAUAACACGCGACUACGAGUAUUAACUGACACCCUAUCGGGAUUGAUGAUGACAUCACCGCCAUGUUGUGUAUUUUAAUUCCUUCUGGUCACAUGAUUAGCUCUAGCUGUUCCGAUUGGACGAUGAGCCGCGGCGUCGAUGACGAUCCUGGUGUAGAUCGCGGCGGUUAUCGACACACGCCUUAAAAAAAGACGUUACAAUUUAUAAAAAUCUAAAAAUUCACACGAUAAUAAUUAUUAAUGAAACAAACCCCCCGCUAAAAGACGACAGUGUGUGUGUGUGUGUGUGUGUGUGUCUCCAGACACCACAAGCGACAAGUUCUGUUUUGCUAACAGAUCAGACGGUUAAGUUUCAUUUGUGAAUAAAUAGUUUGCUAAGGAAGAAGGUGAAGAUGACGCGGUGUAAUUAACGGUCAAAUCCAAAACACGCGGGAAACAAACGGCGCUAAAUCAUUAAUACCGUCACGAUGUAAACGCGCGAGCGACACAAGCGGCUUUUUCUCUCAGUUUGCUUCAGAUUUAAACGCAUGAACGUCAGUCUUUAGUAAAUAAUAUUAGCUUUCUUUCUAUGCUUUCAUUCUGCAUUGCUUCAAAAACAUCUCACACACACAUACACACACACACACACAACAUGCACACACAACAUACACACACACAACAUGCCUGCUCAGUCGCCGUACAACUGCUUAAAUCACUGCUUACACACACAGGCGCACAUGUAUGAAUAUAAAUAUAUUGUGAAUUAUUUUGUGUGUGUGUGUGUGUUUGCACACAGUAAUUUGAAAGUGUGUUAAAUGUAAUUCUGCUUUUGUAAAGUCAGGAGUGUGUUGAGUUCAGUGUUGUGGACUCUGUAACUGUCUGCACUCAUGUAUUUAUCAGAUGAACAAAAUCCAAUAAAUGUGCUGUAAUGUACAA